AUGCGCAGCCCCGCCGCCGCCUCCGCCGCCGCUCUCUCUGCGGGUGAGGAGGUGCUCGAGGAUGACGACUUGCUCCGCAUCAUCCUCUCGGCUCUUGCUCCGGUCGGUGAUCCAUCGUCCGCAACCGCCGACGCGCUGCGAACUGCGGCAGCGCUCUCCAAGCGCUGGAGUGCUCUUGUGAAGCCAAUCACGCGGCGUUAUCUGCUAUCGCGCGCCGAGGCGGAUGUCCUGGCGCUUCCCACCUACGGGAUCCCUCCAGGAUCAUUUGCCAAAGUGAUGGAAUUCGCCAGCUUUCUCAAUGGCCGGCGGCGUGGCCGCAGUUGCGGACUGCCGGAGCAUAUCGCUCGAUCGGCCUUUCCGGAAUCGCUCUCCGUUCCGCCGGCCUUUGCUCCUGGCGUGUCUGACGCGACCGCCCUGGGUGCGACGCAGCUCAUCACCUCCUUUGAGUGCGGAGGCAUCCCCGCGCUCGUUGAAGGCGACGGCGGCGCCGAGAAGGUGAUCGCGUGCCUGACCCAUUUCGCGACUAAACAGAUGGUAGACUAUCUCGUGAUCUGCCCGAGCGGGCGCAUGCAGCUGUGGGUCAGCGCCCUCCAGCAGCUCGCCCCCUCGAUCCGCGUGCUCGUCAACCAAGGCACGCCAACUCAGCGGAAGAACGCUCUGCUGUCACAGCCUCGCGAUUAUGAUCUUCUGCUCACGCCGUACAGCCUCGCCAUCAAGGACACUCUGCACCUCUGCAAACUUCGAUGGAAAGUCGUCGUCUGGGACGACGGUCUGAGCGAGCUGCGGCGCGGCUUUCGCGAGGGGUCCCAGACCUGGGCACUCCAUCAAGGCGUUAACAAAUGGGCGGCCGGCGCGAGCGGAGGACGACGGGCCACAGACUACAACAUCUUGCUGUCUCCGGCUCGCGUGACAAACGCGGACGACCUUCUCUGGCUGGUGCACAACCACCUUGGCGCAACAUACGCAGCCUGCAAGGUUGGCCUCGACGCGCACGCAAUCGCGAUGCGCGUGAUAGUGCAGAAGCUUGGCCUGCUCGAGAUCGCGCCCGCUUCGCUGUGCACGGAAGGCCCGCUCGUCCAUGCGACCGGUAAAGGCUGGGUCAAAGGGCACAAGGGACAGUACUACGACGCGCUCCAUGUCAAGAACGGAAUCGUCAAAAUUUGUCUCGUCGAAAGUUUGGGCGGCAUCGCGCCGCCGACCAAGAGAAUCAUCUUCAACUUCGCCAAAGAGGUCGGCAGCCCGAGCGCCGUCGACCGCACCGACUACGGCACAGCCUCCGGCAGCGCCCGGGGCUUUGUCCAGCACCACUCGCAACAGCUCUCGCGCGCCGCCGUCUGUGGCGACUCGCAAAACAUCAACAACGCUGCUCGCAACAUGCGUCUACAAACAAAUGAACUUGAUCACUAUACGCCAGUGUUGCAUAUCCAGGAUAUGCAACGGUGGCAUAAAGUGAACGCUAAGGUGGGUUUCGAACCAGUGACAACGCCCGUCUGGGUUUUUUGCGCCGAGUCGAACUGCGGGAUUCGAACUCGAGACCCAAUGCAGCCAGCGGUUUUGCGACGGUGUAUCAUUCACUUUAUGCCACCGUUGCAUAUCCCGGGAUAUGCAACGGUGGCAUAA